AGGGUGGGGGGCCGGGGUGGGGUGGGGCAGGAUGCUGGAUGGCCAGCUAUUCUCCGAGGGGCCCGACAGCCCCCGGGAGCCCCAGGAUGAGGAGUCGGGCAGCUGCCUCUGGGUCCAGAAAUCCAAGCUGCUGGUGAUCGAAGUGAAGACUAUUUCCUGUCAUUAUAGUCGCCGCUUCCCUCCUCGACAGCCCAUGGACUUCCAGGCCAGCUACUGGGCCCGCGGGCCCCAGAGCCGCAUGUGUGGGCCGCGCCCGGUAUCCCCUGAGCCGCCGCCCCGCCGACCCUGGGCCUCCAGGGUGCUGCAGGAGGCCACCAACUGGCGGGCGGGGCCCCCGGCCGAGGCCCGAGCCCGGGAGCAAGAGAAAAGGAAAGCGGCGUCGCAGGAGCGGGAGGCCAAGGAGAUCGAGCGGAAAAGGCGCAGGGCCGCCGGGGCCCGAAGGAGCCCCCCUGGCCGGCCGCGCCCGGAGCCCCGGAACGCGCCUCGCGGGGCCCAGCUCGCAGGGCUCCUGACUCCCUCUCGGCGGGAGCGCCCGGGGCCGCUGGGGCGGUCGCCCCGUCCAUCGGCGCAGCCGCACGGCGACCCGGGGGUGGCGGGGGCGGGGCCCUGGGGGGGUCGCCGGCCCGGGCCGCCCAGCUACGAGGCACACCUGCUGCUGCGGGGCGCUGCUGCCGCGGGCCCGCGCCGUCGCUGGGACCGGCCGCCCCCCUACGUGGCGCCCCCCUCAUACGAAGGCCCGCACAGGACCCUGGGGACCAAGCGAGGCCCCGAGCCGUCCCCGGCGCCCGCCUCCCCGGGCCCUGCGCCGACCCCGACCCGGACAGAGGGAGGGGGCGCGAAGAAGAGGCUGGAUCCUCGCAUCUACCGGGACGUCCUCGGGGCCUGGGGUCUCCGGCCGGGGCGGGGCCUCCUGGGGGGCUCCCCGGGCUGCGGGACGGUCAGGCCGAGGCUGGAAGCUGCCAGGGGGACGGCGGAGAAAAGCCCGGGGCCGGCAGCCGUGAGCCUGAGCAGCGGCAGUCACGGCCACCCCCGAGCCCCCGUGGCUGGCAGCUCGGACCCGGAGCCGGCGCCCGCGGGGUCCCCCAGCCGCCCGCGCCCGGCCCCCAGGUCCAGGCCGCACCCCAAGGGCUCCGGGGAAGGGAAAGAAGGCAGAGAGCACAGGGCUGUGCCCCCCGCUUCCAAGGGCUGGGUCCCCUCACUCAGCAAGCAGCUGCCCCGACAGAGCCAGACCCUCCCCAGACCCUGGGCCCCAGGAGGCACGGGGUGGCGGGGUGGUCCCAGAGAGGGGGCAGGACCCGGGGCCCCAGAGGGGUGCAAGGAGGCCCGCCGCGCCCACACCCUGCCCCGCGGUUCCCGCGGCCCCGCAGGAGAAGGCGUGUUUGUUAUCGACGCCACAUGCGUGGUGAUCCGCUCCCAGUAUGUCCCGAGCCCUCGACCGCAGCAGGUGCAGCCCGCACCCCCGGGGGCGCCGCGCGUGCAAGGAGAGGCCCCCGGGGCGGUGCGGGGCGCCUCCAGCCCGCCGAAGCCCCCAGGCGAGGAGCGCGAGCGGGCCGCGGGCUGCCCCUCCCGGGGCCCGGAGCCUCCGCACAGCGAUCGCGGGUCACACCAGCCGGCUGGGGAGCGCGGGUUCGCAGCCGGGGCGGGGGAGCGGGGUGCGUCCUCUCCGGAGGCGCGCGCCUCCCGCAUCCCGGGGCUCCCGGCCGGCGGCGCAGCUCCGCAGGAAGCCCCGGCACAGCGGGGCAGCCCGCGGCACUCGGCGGCGGGGGGCGCGGCCAGAGCGGAGGCUUCGGAGCCCGCGGCGGCGGCGGCGCGGUGCGCGGGCCGGGGUUGGGCGCGAGCCCCGGGGCCCUACGCAGGCGCCCUGCGGGAAGCCGUGUCCCGCAUCCGCCGCCACACAGCCCCGGACUCGGACUCGGACGAAGCUGCGGAGCUCAGUGUCCAUAGCGGCUCUUCUGAUGGCAGCGACACGGAAGCCUCGGGCGCCUCCUGGCGGAACGAGCCGGCCCUGCCCGGGACUGGGAGCUCCACCCAGCCCAGGCAAGGCGGGAAGACAGCGGAGAUUCUGGGUGUCAUCAGCCGAAGCGAGGAGACCCUCUUCGGGGCGAGGGACGCUCGGGGGGGCCCACAGGGACACAGGGACUGGCAGUGAGACUCUUCCUUGUAUUUACGUACCCCAAACUUGGGCACGCAGCUCUCCUUUCCUGCCCUCAGACUUCCUUCUCUCUUGUUCCUGUACUCAAAAAAAAAAAAAAAAAAAAAGAAAAGUUGAAGUUUCUCCAAGGAAAGGGAGCCUCAGUAGAGUCACUUUUCCCCAGGCGAGGUGAAGGUGAGCAGUGGGCUUCAAGGCGCAGCGCACUCAGGCCGUACAGGUGAGGUGCCUGGAGGCGCCCCUGUGCUAAGUGUGGGCAGAGCCAUAGCCAGGGCCAGUCAGUCACAGGUCACCCUGCUGGUGUGUGGGGGGCAGGGUCGAACACAAGUGAUGGGGAGGCUUCAGGCUGAGACACCUAGAGGUGUCUCAGAGAGGCUCUUAGCGGAAGAGGAGAAGGUCCAGAAGCAGCUAGCAAAGCAGGAGGAAGUGUCGAUUUGCUGCCAUAAGUAUUGACUUACAAUCUCAGUUCUGCCAGCGACUUGCUGGGUGACUUUAGGCAAGUCACUUCCCCUCCCCAGGCCUCUUCAUGUGGAAAAUGAGGACGCUUUGAGGGCCAUCCCUGACGUUUGUGAGUGAGCUGGGGUUGGCUUCUAGUUCCUCCCCCAAUCCACACACUCAUUAGCAAGAACUGAACAGACCACCGGGGCCCCUGGGUGACGUCAUUGUCACCUGCCCUCAUUCUCAAGCCAUCGACUGUCCAGGGUCUGCGGAAGAGCUGAGUAAGUGGGCAAGGGCUCCUCAACCAAUCUCUCUGGCUUAGGCGAGAGUUCCCAAAGCAGGAGAGCCUGUGGCGGUCCGAGCUGGGGAGGGAAGGCAGCCAGUGAAUCGGCUUGGGACCUUGUUAGGCGUCCCCUUGUCCUUCUUGCCGGUGUUCCUUCAUGAUGCUCUGAGUCGAUCCCACGAUCUCCCAGGCAGGAAUUAUCACCCAUCUGAAGGAACCCUGAGCUUCUUUUCUUCUCCCUUCCAGAAACCUGCCAGGGAAGAAAGAGGGAGUCUGGGCCUUAAGAAAAAAGAAAAAUAGAAACUAUAGACUUGGGGUGAGAUACUCACUGAAGUCACUAGGGGGCGCGCGCAGGUCGUGGAUUUCCCCCGUAGAUAGUCCCUGAGCUCCCUCUGCCGGGUACUGCCUGUCAAUCAAUUGAAUCCCAAUGACCGCGCGGGGUCUCCGGCGAUCCCGGACUGGGCUCUGGCCUUGCAGACCUGGGGAGCGCGCAGAGCCCCCCUGUCCUCCGUGUAUUCCUUCAUGCCAGCCGGCUUGGGACUCAGGCACUGAAAGUAUUUUCUGCCAUCUCGGGCACCUCCUGUUUCUGCCAUUUACCGGGCCAUGUGAACUCGGCUAAAUCACUUUGCCUCCUUGAGCCUCAGUUUCCUCAUCUGUCAAAUGGGGGUUUAUAAACACCUACCUCGCAGGGUUGUUGUGAGGACUUACUGAGAUCAAUGUGUGUAAAGCGCCUUGCAUAGUGCCUGGCACACAGUAGGCGCUUAAUAAAUCUAAGUUUCCCUUUG